AUAGGUGAGACUAGGCUUUCCGGAAGUGAUUUUCCGGAAGAAGCAUGGUUGCCCCCCAGAUUUGGCCGGGUUUGCACGCUGAGCUGCCGACGCUAUGCAGUCAGAUGAUGUUAUCUGGGACACACUCGGAAACAAGCAAUUUUGUUCCUUCAAAAUAAGAACCAAGACUCAGAGUUUUUGCAGAAAUGAAUACAGCCUGACUGGACUGUGUAAUCGGUCGUCUUGUCCCCUGGCAAACAGUCAGUAUGCCACUAUCAAAGAAGAGAAAGGACAGUGCUACUUGUAUAUGAAGGUUAUAGAACGAGCAGCUUUUCCUAGGCGGCUCUGGGAACGGGUCCGGCUUCAUAAAAACUAUGAGAGAGCACUGGAGCAAAUAGAUGAAAAUCUGAUUUACUGGCCCCGUUUCAUUCGACACAAGUGUAAGCAGAGAUUCACCAAGAUCACCCAGUACCUAAUUCGAAUUAGAAAACUUACAUUAAAGCGACAGAGGAAGCUUGUUCCCUUGAGUAAGAAGGUGGAGCGGAGGGAAAAAAGAAGAGAGGAAAAGGCAUUAAUAGCUGCUCAGCUGGACAAUGCCAUUGAAAAGGAAUUGCUGGAGCGACUGAAACAAGAUACGUAUGGCGACAUCUACAACUUCCCCAUUCAUGCCUUCGACAAGGCCCUGGAACAGCAGGAGGCAGAGAGUGACUCUUCAGAUGCUGAGGAAAAAGAUGAUGAAGAAGAUGUGGGAAAGAGAGAGUUUGUGGAAGAUGAUGAGGUGGAUGAGAGUGACAUAAGUGAUUUUGAGGAUAUGGAUAAGCUGGAUGCCAGUAGUGAUGAAGAUCAGGAUGAUAAAUCCUCCAGUGAGGAAGAAGAAAAGGCCCUUGAUGCCACACAUAAAGGCAAAACACCCUUGAAAGGACCUUUGCGGAGGAAACGAGCCUACGUAGAGAUAGAGUAUGAGCAGGAGACAGAGCCUGUGGCCAAGGCCAAAACCACAUGACUUCCCUUCAGACAUCUGCAACAGGACUGAACAUUUUCAGUAUCCUCCUUUCUUUUACCUUAACCACGUAUAUACCUCCAGGUUUUGCUCUUUCAUACAGUAUUUCACACAA